ACAUCUGAAGAUGGAGCUUAUAUUUCACGGCAUACGGGACUGAGGUGUGGUAUUCCAGAUCACGUUCCGGCUCUUACUGUCAACAGGCUGUGUGGUUCUGGAUUUCAGGCUAUGAUUACAGGUGCCCAGGAGAUUCAACUGAAGGAGUCUGAAGUUGUCCUCACAGGUGGAUCCGAAAACAUGAGCAAUGCACCAUAUGCUCUGUGGGGUGUUCGCUAUGGAACUAAAUUUGGUCAAGACCUAAAAUUGAAGUGCCAACUAUGGGCAACUCUUACCGAUCAGUACAUUAAGACUCCAAUGGGCAUCACAGCAGAGAAUCUGGCGGAGAAGUAUAGCCUAACGAAGGCUGACUGUGAUGCAUUUGCUCUUCUGUCCCAGCAGCGUUGGAAAACAGCAAACACAGCUGGAGUCUUCAAGGAAGAGAUCACACCCAUCACAAUCAAGUCUAAGAAAGGAGAGAUUACCGUGGAUACAGACGAGCAUCCACGUGACACUAGCCUUGAGAUUCUCGGCAAGCUGCCGUGUGUGUUUAAGAAGGGAGGCACGGUCAGCGCGGGAAAUGCAUCGGGAGUAUGCGAUGGAGCAGCAAUGGUCCUGGUUGCUAGCGAAGAUGCUGUUAAGCAACACAACCUGAAGCCAUUAGCCAAACUGGUUGCUUAUAGUGUUAGUGGUUGUGAUCCGCACAUCAUGGGCAUUGGACCGGUACCUGCUAUACGGAACCUCCUGACAAAAACUGGGCUGGAACUGAAGGACAUUGAUGUCAUUGAGGUGAACGAGGCAUUUGCACCCCAGUUCCUUUCAGUACAGAAAGAACUAGGGUUGGACAUGGAAAACACCAAUGUGAAUGGUGGCGCCAUCGCUCUUGGCCACCCGGUCGCAGCUUCAGGAGGACGUAUCACUGCUAACCUCACAUAUGAGCUGCAGAGGCGUCAAGGAAGAUAUGCUAUUGGUUCGGCCUGCAUUGGAGGUGGGCAAGGCAUUGCCGUGCUGUUAGAAAGGUGUUGAACAGCCUCUGUGUCUUCUACAAAGGCUAGUGACAAGUUACACAUGAUCUACUCAUCCGACAUGAAGUUAUUUCUUCUUGUUGAAAAAAAUUAAUGCUAGAGCCUUACGCAUUUUUAACAAAGACCGCUACAGAGUGCGCAAAGCGAAAUGUCGUCUUGUCUGCAGGCUGGUUUAUUCAUUCCAGGUUGUUCAUAGUCUGAACUCGGUAGCGUGUCAAUAACAUGAUUAUCUGCAAUUCAUAUUAGGUUGGUACGAGUUACCAUUGGAUCAAUUGAACGUAAAUUAAUUCUCAAUGAUACCUACGUUUUCAAUCUUAAUAAGAGGCUAGCUAGCUUUCAGAUUGUUGCAGCUGAGGUUGUUGUGCAGUCAGAUCGAUUGCAGCAACAGCAGAUCGAUUGUUGCAACAGCAGAUCGAUUGUUGUGCAGUCUCAGAUCGUUGCAGAUUGUUGGCCAUUUAAAUAUGACACUGCUCUUCUUAACUCGACCAGGAUUGAGACUAGGGCAAUACCUCUUAAGUAUCAGUAUUCAGCAUACAUCCGAGUUGCAUCUAGUAAUAAUUUUCAGGUAUCUCGUUAUAUCAGCUCCAUCGAGUGCACAUGGCGAUAAUCUUGUAAAGCAGAUGGAUGCCUGACUGAAUGUUUUGUGAUAUUUUGUACGAAAUUAUAUUAAAUUACAUAUAUUGGUGGCGUUUAUUGUAAA